GGCCGCCCGUCCUGUGUUUUACCGCCCACUGGAAGUCUGACACCACUUGGACAACACUGUCUAGGCUGUCGAGAAGUGCUCAGCGGUCGUCUCGUACGUGCUGUGCGCACUGUAUCACACUUGAACUCGAUGUCAGGCCGCAAUGCGGAGAAGAAUAACGAGAAGUUAUUCCCUCUCUUCCGCAGGAACCUCAGCGAGAACAACGUGGGCCUGUAUGCUGCCACGGCCGACAAGUUGGCAUUGUGGGCAGCGCGGGACAAGGCAUAUUACCCAUUUGCACGCCCGGUGAUUGUGGAAUUGCUCGAGACUGCCAACUCACAAGUACGUCGUCACAGCAAUGCACCUGACAAACCCUUCCACAUAAGCGAGUGCCCUGAAUCGCUGAAGCCAUGGGUCGAGCCCUACAUCAAGCUGCUCAAGGCAGUGGCACCCUUCUACCACCUUUUCCCAGAGCCGCAGCUCCAAGCUCGCUUGCGAGCCCUCCUGCAGACGAUCAACUUCGACUUGCCGGCGACGCAGCCAACACGACCGCCAUCCCACAGUGCGUCGCCGCACAUCAUGCAUAGGGCAGCGCACUCAGCUUCGCCGGUGAAUCGCCUGCACACGCCAGUCAUUCCAGGGUCGGCUGCUGCAGGUUAGUGCGAGAUUUGUUGGUGCACGAUGGAAGGCGAUGAACACUAUCCACAGGGUAUGCCCGGGCGACACCUCCAGGGUCUGGUAGAGCGUGCUCAGGGACGCCAGUCCCUCCAUUGUCUUUGUCUUUGCAACAGCCUGCGCAAGGCCCGCCGGCCUUGCACUCGUC